AUGGAAGGCGCCACAAAACCGUUAUUCAGGGACAUUACGGCUGAUGACGACGUUCCAGAAAUAACAGAAAUUGAAAGUAUGUGUAUGAAUUGUCACGAACAAGGCAUCACACGACUGUUUUUGACCAAAAUUCCCUUUUUCAAAGACGUGGUUGUAUCUUCAUUUGCUUGUGAAAACUGUAACUUUAAAAAUGCAGAGCUUCAACCAGCCUCAAAGAUCCAAGAUUAUGGGGUCAUUUAUACAGCUCAAAUUAAAAAACCAUGUGAUUUGAAUCGUCAAAUUGUUUGUACCAAUUAUGCCACCAUCAAGAUACCUGAAAUAGAAUUUGAAGUUCCGCCUGCAAAAGGAUCAUUAACAACCGUCGAAGGUGUCAUUGAUAAGGCAAUAGAGGGAUUGCUUCAAGAUCAGCCUGUUAGGAAGAUCAUGCACCCUGAAGAUGCAGAAAAAAUUGAAGUAUUUGUUGGAAAAUUACAGAAAUUGAAAGUGAUUGAAGAACCAUUUACUUUAAUAUUAGAUGACCCAUCUGGUAACAGUUUUGUGGAAAAUUUUCAUGCUCCAAGCAGAGAUCCGGAUAUGAAAGUGAACAGAUAUAAAAGAAGUUCAGAGCAAAAUGGAUUAAUUGGGAUUGGUGAUGAUGAAGAUGUAGAUGAUGAUUUGUCUUCAGACCUCAUUGGAAAAGAUGAAGUGCUGGCUAUGCCUAUGAAUUGUCCUAACUGUAACGCACCAAGUUCUAUUAAUAUGAAGAGAGUGGACAUUCCUAAUUUUAAAGAAGUAGUUAUAAUGGCUUGUAAUUGUGAUGCAUGUGGUUAUAGAGAUAAUGAAGUCAAAAGUGGUGCUGGUAUUGAAGAAAAAGGAACCAAGAUCACACUCAAGAUUACGACAGUUGAAGAUAUGAAACGAGAUGUAUUGAAAAGUGAUACAUGCUCGGUUGCCAUUCCUGAACUAGAAUUAGAGACUGGAUUAGGUACAUUAGGUGGCAAGUUUACCACUGUUGAGGGCUUGCUUAGUAAUAUUCAAAGUCAACUGGCAAAAUCCAACCCUUUUAUAUUGGGUGAUAGUUCUCAUGAUAAUUCUUCCUCUAAAUUGAAAAAGUUUUGUGAAAAAUUAAAUGAAAUUAUUGAAGGACAGAGACUUAAUGUUCAUUUGGUAUUGGAUGAUCCUGCUGGGAACAGUUAUUUACAAAAUCCCUUUGUUCCUGAAAAAGAUCCAAACCUUAAGAUAGAAAGAUAUGAACGAUCUUUUGAACAAAAUGAAGAUCUAGGUUUAAAUGAUAUGAAAACUGAAAAUUAUUGUUGA